AUGAUCGAAUCCAACGUGAGUCGGAGUUGCGCAUGGUGCGCCGGAGGAGGUGACGGAACCAGCGAGCACUUGGAUCUGAAUCAUUCAGCGCACACUCUGAGUCCAACGGGACACUUGGUGGUCGCGGUGUGCCUCGGAUUCAUCGGAACUUUCGGGUUUCUCAAUAACACCCUGGUCCUGAUCCUGUUCUUUCGCUACAAAGUGCUGCGCUCGCCCAUAAACUGUCUUCUGGUGAGCAUCUCGGUGAGUGAUCUGCUGGUGUGCAUCGUCGGCACUCCUUUCAGCUUCGCUGCCAGCACACAGGGACGCUGGCUCAUCGGACGCGCGGGAUGCGUAUGGUAUGGUUUCGUCAAUUCAUGCCUGGGCAUCGUGUCUCUUAUCUCCCUGGCAGUGCUCUCCUACGAGCGCUACUGCACUAUGAUGGGGGCCACGCAGGCCGACUCUACCAAUUACAGAAAGGUGGCCAUGGGUAUUGCCUUCUCCUGGAUGUAUUCCAUGGUUUGGACUCUUCCUCCACUGUUUGGAUGGAGCCGCUAUGGUCCUGAGGGUCCCGGCACCACCUGCAGUGUCAACUGGGCUGCCAAGACGGUCAACAACAUGUCUUACAUCGUCUGUCUCUUUUUCUUCUGCCUUAUUCUUCCCUUCAUUGUGAUUGUCUACAGUUAUGGCAAGCUCCUUCAGGCUAUCACACAGGUGAGCAGAAUCAGUACGGUUGUGAGUCGUAAACGGGAGCAGAGAGUUCUCUUCAUGGUGGUCACCAUGGUGGUGUGCUACCUGCUGUGCUGGCUGCCCUAUGGGAUUAUGGCACUACUUGCCACGUUUGGGCAGCCCGGCCUGGUGACUCCAGCGGCCAGCAUUGUUCCCUCUCUCCUAGCCAAGACCAGCACCGUCAUAAACCCAAUCAUCUACAUCUUCAUGAACAAACAGUUUUGCAGAUGUUUCCAUGCCCUUGUCACGUGCAUGACUCCAGAGAGAGGCUCCAGCUUUAAAAACUCCUCCAAAGUCACCAAAACUCUCAGGACGGUGCGGCGUGCCAAUGGCCAGAAUGUGACCUUCGCAGUGGCCUCUGUUGGCACCCCUACUUUCUAUGCUCAACAAAGUGGCGGGCAGAAAACAUCCUCAGAGGGUGAGGGACUUUCUCCUGCUGUAGGCCACAGGCCCAGAAAACCUGUUGUCUCUCUUGUGGCCUAUUACAAUGGCUAACAUUGACCAGCCACACAAAUAUCACUAAACCCAUAUUAAUUAAGUGGAAUUAUAAGUGAUAUAGAAAUCACGGUGAACAAUGGAUAGCAUGGACAGAAAAAAAUAAUUGAGGGAGGAGAAGUGGCUGUGGCCUGUAGAGGAAUGUGGAACUGAGACAUGCCCUUUUCUGAAGAUCAGAUGUCAUGUUGCAUGACUUUUGUAGGAAAGAACAAAAUACUGGAUAUUGAAUGUGAACAGAUGCAGACGAAGUUGAUACUAUUGGAGUGAUUAAAGCAGUAAGAAAAGCAUCUUUUUAACAAGUGCACAUGGAUCAAAUUGUUCAUUUCUAAUGAUGUUUCUUAUGUGUCCUGGAUGUAAAUGUACCAAUGAGUUUGGUGAGGUCUGUUUUUAUUUGAAACAGAGAAUGUUCCUGAUUUUUCGCCAAUGUUAUAACAUGGACAUUUUCAUCUUGAGUUGCCUUUCAUGACUGGACAACCACUGUAGCACAGUUUGUUUAAAGUGAUGCUCUUCUUGCAGCCUAAUGGUCUUGUAAUUCUACUCAUGAUGUAGGCAUUGCAAGUACAAUACACUAAGCACACAAAUAAUUUUUGUUUAUGGGAUAUUUUUACAAUGCUGUUGAAAUUUAAAGGGGUCAUACCAUGAAAAACCAAAACUCCUAUUUUUGAAUUUUACUAGAUAAGAAAAAUAAAUAUAGAGUAAAUAAAAAUAUAUAAAAAAUAAAACAGCUUUUUCUAAUAUUAAAUCACCAGCAAACCUUAUACUGAAAUUAUACUGAUGCCAACAGCAAACCCACAAACUGUGAGUAAGUAGGGUACAUCAGGUCUCAAGGCACACUUGCACUGUAUGGACCAAAAGAGCUGAUAAAUUCUUUUAAAAAUCUUAAAGAAAUAGUUCACCCAAAAAUGAAAAUUCUCUCAUCAUUUACUCACCCAUAUGUCAUCCAAGAUGUGUUUGACUUUCUUUCUUCUGCAGAACACAAACUAAGAUUUUUAAAA